AUAAAUGUCCAUUGCCAUCAAGAGCCCGCUGCUGUCGAGAGGCUAAAGCAACUGCAAGGACACAGCUCACCGAGGUCUGGAUUUCAGGCCCAGAAUACUGACUGAAGCCGGGACAGUUGGUGGCAAGCUCCAGGAAAAGCCUUGAGAAGCCUGUGGGGGCAGAGGCCCAGCAUGUGCACAGGGGGCUGCGCCAAGUGCCUGGGGGGCACACUCAUCCCCCUGGCUGUUUUUGCCUUCCUGGCUAAUGUCCUGCUAUUUUUCCCUGGAGGAAAAGUGAUCGAUGACAACAGCAACCUGUCUGAAGAGGUCUGGUAUUUCGGAGGAAUAUUAGGAAGUGGGGUUCUGAUGAUCUUCCCUGCGCUGGUGUUCUUGGGCCUAAAGAACAAUGACUGCUGCGGGUGCUGUGGCAAUGAGGGCUGCGGGAAGCGAUUUGCGAUGUUCACUUCCAUCAUAUUUGCUGCGAUUGGAUUCGUGGGCGCUGGCUACUCAUUUGUCCUGUCAGCCGUCUCCAUCAACCGGGGUCCUAAGUGUCUCCUGAGCAAUGGCACGUGGGACUACCCCUUCAACAAAGGAAAUUACCUCAGUGACCAAGACUUGUGGAACCUGUGUAAGGGGCCCUCUGAUAUUGUUCCCUGGAAUUUGACCCUCUUCUCCAUCCUGCUGGUCAUCGGAGGAAUCCAGAUGGUUCUAUGUGCUGUCCAGGCGAUCAAUGGCAUCCUGGGCACACUCUGUGGGGACUGCCAGUGCUGUGGCUGCUGCGGGGGAGAAGGCACAGUUUAAACCUUUACAGUGAGCAGCUCUAAAUCUACAACCUGUGGGAAGACAUCCGGAUUAGCCUCAGUUUCCCUGCUUCAAUCGUUAAUUCCCAUCUGGUCCCCACCGGCAAAGCUUAGGGAGGGCAGAGUGCUCCCCUCUCCCUACAACCAGCUUUGCCCAAGUUAGAAUCUUCUUAUUUUCAAAUAAAAAGCAGAUUACAUUUUUGAUUUAUAAGUUUCUUAAAUUAGCUGCUUUGUAGAAUUGAAGAACAGAUUCGAAGUCAAUUUUCCACUAUGUUUUUUUCCCCUAAAAGUGUUAAAAUUAUGAAGUCCCAUGUCCUACCAUCCUGCUUCUUUGUAUAUAAAGAUGUUUAUAUCUUUGGAAGCUUUUCUUAAGUCAAAGGAGGAAAAUGCAUUGAAAAUAAGAAACUAAUAUUUUCCCGAUUUGUAGAAAAAAAAUUAAUGUAUCAUAAAUGAUUUUUAUGUAAAGCUUUUUAGCUAAUAUGAGUUACUACUCCUGAGUAGCCUUGUGCUAGUAUUCCCUCAUGUACAUUAAAUUAAAUUUUAAAUUCAGUGGUAAUAUAGUAAAGAUUGAGUGUCUCUGAAGGAAACCAAGGAGCAGAAGAUCGAAGGAUCUUUGCAGUCUUUUUACAAAUGCUUUGUUUGAUCAAACAAGAAUGUUUUUCAAAAGCUAAUUUGGGUAACACUUUUGCUGCCUAUUUUCCAGGAUUUAGAUAAUAAGUAAUAUUACUUCUAUGUUUUAUGUGUCUGAAAUCGAAAUGAAGUCAAACCCACUGUAUUGAUUUGGAUUCUGAACUGACUCCAGCUCAAGGGUCCUGGGAAAAUAAUUUUCCCAGUCUUAGUCCCUCAGAUUUAGGGAGCUGUUACAAGACAAUCAUCCCGAGAAUCUUCAAGUCACCCAAGAAUGAAACAGAAUUGCAGUACCGUGAACUUGACCUAAUGAACAGUGAGGAGGGUCUUGGAGGGAUUUGCAUGUCACGCUGGCAGGCUGCAAUAAAGCAUUAACAAUCAC